AUGUCUGAGCAGGUUGUGUAUCCGCCUCCUCCAAGCCAGGCGCCUUCUUUCCCUCCUCCACCGAAUGGUGCAGCAUACCAGCCACCACCCCAGAGCUUUCCUCCUCCGAACCUCAGUUUUCCGCCGCCUCCACAGCAGCCUGUAACUUCGGAUAACGACAAGGCCGAUGUUUCCCCCAUAUCAUCUCCAAAUGGGUCGACGACUCCACCGUUAAAUGAGAAGGCCGCCUAUGCAGCUGAAAAUGGCGGGUCCUUUGCUGCCAACUCAGCCAUGUUCAGUUCUCCAGAAGCCCAGCAAGCACCAACACCAGGGCCAGGCCUCACACGAGCGCAUACAGAUGCGACUCUCGCGAGCCGAGUCGCUCCGAAACACUUCGUAGGAGCCACGUCUACAUAUGCGGACGAUGUAGGAACUUUCAAUGGUGGCAGCUACAGGAUCAGCCACCGGGACACAAACACUCUCUUGACCAUUCAGCUAGCAGUAGGGUGUCCCAUACAGGCGAGACCUGGCGUCAUGAUCGCCAUGUCACCCUCCAUGUCCCUACGAGGCUCACUUUCAUUCGGCUGGAUGAAAGCUCUUGCAGGUGGCAACAUAGCCCGAUCGACAUACACUGGCCCAGGUGAACUGCUAAUCGCCCCAUCCAUUAUGGGCGAUAUCACCAUCAUCCGGUUAGACGGUUCAAACGAGUGGAUCGUCGGAAGAGAUGCUUUCCUUGCCUCCACGACCGGCGUCAAAACCGAAUACAAGACCCAAGGUCUCAUGAAAGGUGUGUUCUCUGGCGAAGGCUUUUUUGUCUGGAGAUUCUACGGCGCUGGUUUAGUAUGGAUGCAGAGUUUCGGAGCUAUUGUCAAGAAGGAGCUUGCCGAUGACGAAACGUACUACGUGAAUAAUGGCCAUCUGGUGGCUUGGAACUGCCGCUACAAGAUUGAACGAGUUGCUUCGGGUGGUAUCAUUUCCAACUGGAGUGCUGGUGAAGGUCUGGCGUGUAGGUUCACUGGCCCUGGUACUGUGUAUAUGCAGACGCGUAAUGUGUCUUCAUUCGUUGCCCAUUUGGGUGGUGAUAUCUCUAAGAACCGAUGA